CACCCAAUUUCCUACUUCUCUUUCACAUCUCUAACUAAAGCUCACAUCACUAUCAAACAAAAAGAAACACUAUCUUUCAUUCCACAAAACAACAUGUCAAAAGGAGAAGGAAGAAGUGGGAAGAAAUGUUUAGCAUAUGUUGCAGUAUUCGUGGUGUUUCAAGCAGCCAUCAUUUUACUCUUCGCCCUCACGGUCAUGAAGGUCAGAAGCCCGAAGGUGAGGUUCAACGCUAUGGUGGUCGAAAGCUUCAGCUCCAACAACAACACCGCAACUUCCAUCGACAUGAGGCUGCUGGCUCAACUCACCAUUAAAAACACCAACUUCGGCCAUUUCAAGUAUGACAACGCCACGCUUGUCGUAUUGUACAAUGGGGUGCCACUCGGGGAAGCUGUGAUUUCCCGGGGGCGCACCAAGGCUAGGAAAACGCAGAGGUUCAACAUCAAUGUGGAUGUUAGUACGGAUAGAGUAGUAUCCGAUAGUAACUUGGGAAAUGACAUAAAUUCUGGAAUUUUGAAACUCAGCAGCCAAGCGAAGUUGAAUGGAAAGGUGCAUUUGAUGAAGAUCAUCAAGAAGAAGAAAUCUGGGGAAAUGAAUUGUGAUUGGAGUGUCAAUUUGGGUAACAGGCAGGUGGAGAAUUUGAGAUGCAACUAGUUAUGAUGUUUUAGGACUUUAUAUGUUGGUUUGGGCUAUAUUUACUUAUUUCUUGAUUCUGAUUUAUUUAUCUCUGUUUACAUGUUAAUUAUUAUGAGUAUAGAUUUUAUCUCUGUUUCAUAUAAUACUUUAGUCGUA